AUGGGCUCCAUCUCCGAGCUUCUUUCCAAGCACACCAUCGGCGAGCUGCCGGCCCCGGCCAACGGCAUCAUCGAGGUCCAGUCGACUGCCACCCUGGAGGAGGCCUUCACCGUCCUCUCGCAGCAUAACAUCCUCUCGGUCCCGGUGUUCGACCCGGCCGCCGGGACGUACAUCGGCUUCCUGGACACCCGUGACCUGAUUGCCUUUGCGGUGUUCGCCACCGAGGAGGACCUGCAGGCCGCGCGUCUGGCCUCCGGCGGCUCGUGCCCGGGUGUCAUGCCGGCCCAGCCCUCGACCUCCAUUGAUCGUCUGAUUGCGGCCGCCGGCAAGUCGGGCUUCUCCAGCUCCACCGCCACCCAGGGCGGCCAUCUGGCUCAGAGCUCGGUCUCCGUCGCUUGUGCGUCCUCUCCGGCCCCGGCGGCGAACCCUGUCUUCGACCUCCCGAACCUCGCCCGGCGCAACCCCUUCCGCUCCCUGCCGGCGGAUGCGCCUCUGCUGGAGGCUGCGUGCAUCCUCGGGAAUGCUUCCUCUCGGCGUCUGGCGCAGCUUGGCCCCGACGGUCGCGUCUGCAAGAUGAUCUCCCAGUCUCUGAUCCUGAAGUUCAUCGACAACAAUCUGUCUAAGGUCCCCAAGUUUGCCAACCUCGUCUGCUACCUGAAGAACCGUUCCUCUCUCCUGCAGGACAUCAUGAGCUUCCUUAAGACCAUUCGUCAGGCGGAGAUUGAGGACCGUGCGCCGGUCUUCUCCUGCCAUCCCCACCACACCGUCGGCCACGUCGUUCGCCUUCUGUCGGCCACCCGCGCCCACCGCCUGUUCGUCGUCGACGCCAAGCAGGCCCCCCUGCGUGUUGUCUCCAUUCGUGAUGUCCUGAAGCUCGCCCUCGACCAUUAG